AUGCUCGCCAUUCUGGAGGUGGCUAUCAAUCCGAUCAACCCGCCGGAGGACGCAUAUCGCGAGACUGGACCACCAGCUUAUGAUAGAAGGUAUAUGGAAGACGUCGCUGUUGUGCCGCCGGUUGCACAAGAGGAAUCUAUCCAGUAUUUGUUGUGCCGUUGCUUUCGCAUCGCAGUCCUCUGUCAGCCUCUUAUAGCUCCAAUUCUUGAAUUUCUUCGCAUUCUUGCACGCGACAAAUCUUCGCUCGAUCUGUUGCUGAUCGAAUCACGCCUUUUCAUAAUACGAGCCAGUGGUCUUGAUAGCACAUCAUCAUCUGUUGUACUUAAAGGACUAGAUCGGUAG